CCGCACGCCGCACCGGUCCGUCCUGGUCUCGGUCUGUCAUUAGCUCCAGGGAAGCGCUCAAUUCCGAGGCGCACCCAAGAUUCUGCAAGGCAGAAGGUUGUGGUGCGCAGACGCAUCAGCGAAAGCAAGAGGCCGCAACGUCGAGAUGAUCGUCAGGCGGAAAGAGAAGGUAGCCACAAAAGUCGCCCAGCCAAAGGUUAUCUUGGCCUCACAAGACUCGAGGAGGCCUGGGGUAGAUCUAGCGCAGUCUACUGUAGAUGGAGGCGUAAUCCCCUGUUGGCAUGAUUGCUCUGGGCAAAGUUCAAGGACGUCUGGGCACGGAGAUGGCAGGCUGGACACCCAGAAUCAGAUUGCGCGCGACAUUGAUUGCCGAGUGCGGAGGUACACCCUUGCAUCCCAUCUGCUGGCAUGCACGCGAAAACUGACGCCCACACCCUGCGGAAAGCGGAGCCUGCUCCGCAUCACACCACACCCAUUCUGGUCCUCCGACGUGGUCGAAAGACAAGCAAUUUCGGACCCUUGGCGGUGCCGCCGGCUGAAAUUCAUCCAGAUCUCACCUUACCACCCUCCACUCGCAGACUCUGCCGAGCGGUAGGUCCACUUGGCAGCAGCUCGGCAGCUCUUCUCCGCCGAUGCGGCGCAUAGUACAUCCGCAUUGGAUCCGAGCUCCAGCCGUCGAACCACGCAUACUUGGGUACAUCUUGGAUGCCGAUACCUAGCAGCGAAAUGACGAUCAUGUCCGGAGUCGGCGGAAAAAGAC